UUGGACAUUAUUGAAUUAGUUGUGGUUUAGCUUAAACAUUCGGCUGAGUUUCUAUUUCAAGCAAUAUAAAGUGAACAAACAACAUGAAAUCGUUAUUCCUUUUCGUACUUCUAUUCUAUUAUCGCGCUGAUCGUGCUUCCGCUUUUGCUUUUGAUGAAAGCAAAAUUGUUUUUUGCAUAUUUGAGAAUGAUCCGCGAAAUGUAUCAUACCGAGAUUUUAUGGUGCUACCUGAAACGGCAUUCGAUGCAGAUUUACCUACAAUAUUCGUCGUUCAUGGAUGGUUGUCUGGAUUUGAAUUGUUAGAUGAAUUUCAACGAGACUGGAACCAUCUGGGGCCCAAAAUGAAUCUGAUUGGAAUUGAUUGGUCAGCGGGAUCGUCAACUCUGAACUAUUAUAAAGCAAUGCAACGAACCCCAACAGUUGGCAGUGCAGUUGGACAGUUUAUCAUGGGUGCAAUUAGAAAUAGGCUCAUAACGAACCCGUACAGCAUUCACAUCGUUGGUCAUAGUUUGGGGGCACAUGUUGCGGGUUUUGUUGGUAAAUAUAUGGCUGCAAGUGGACCAAAUCCAAUAAAAUUGCGGCAUAUUAGUGCACUUGAUCCAGCUGGUGUAUUUAUUGGAAGUUAUGAAUGCCCUCGUCGACUAUGCCACACUGAUGCUACUUUUGUGGAAACCUUUCAUACCAGUAAAGCUCUAGGGAUGUACAAACCAAUUGGAUCUCUUGAUCUAUACGUGAAUGGUGGAAAGUACCAACCAAAUUGUGAUUUUCCCACGUGCUCUCAUUCUUAUGCGCAUAAAUUGUAUCGAUAUGCUCUAGAUCGAUUUCGACUCGAUGGAUGGCUGUGUAACACUCUCCAACAAAUGGAAAAGGAGAAACGUUGCAAGGGCAACAGUAAUCCGCGUAGAUAUGGCAUCGAAAUCAUACAACAGGGAUUACCAAAUAGCGGUAUUGUGUAUACACCUACUACAACCUCAAGAGAUAAUGGAGACAAUGUUACAUCAACAAGAAAGGAAAUUCGCACAGAUCAAGCGGGUGACUGCACUACCGUCGUGUUUGGAGCUAACCUCAACAAUGCCGUGGUGCUCGUUUCGCUUCUAAGUGAUGAUGGACAUCUUAUUAUUGAAAAACGUAACGACGAGGUUGUCGUUGUAAAUCCGGCCAAUGCUGCCUGGACACCCGAUCCAAAAUACCAUGUUUGCGGUGAAACAGAACCGGGACGCAUUGCCAAGCGUUUAAGUGAAUUGACAGGACCAUUCCGGUUUGUUGUCGCAUUUGAUGCCACCGACAUGUUCACCGAUCCAUUCUGGGAGAUGAUUUACUAUUUGGCAGACUAUCAGAAAUCUGCGACAGACGUGGACGAAAUUCAAAUGAUUGCAAUGGACAUUCCACAUGAUGGUAUUCCGUUGCAACGACAUUCCGACGAGUUGAGACGGGCAAUCGAGAAUGGACUUCAACCACAUCAUGCUGCCGAUAUUAGGAUGGAGGGAAUGCACGCUAUUGAAGAAACUGGUGUUGUUAGUCAAAUGGCAGAGCUUCAACAAGAACUGGUCGUUGUUAAAAAUGCUGUCGGUCAAUAUGCGGAUCGAAAUCCUACGGACAACACAUUAAACCAAAUUGUUAAGGAAGUUGGAACAUAAGUAGUAAUCAACAAUCAUUUGUGUAACGGUAUAUAAUGUAUCAGAUAUACGUUGCUUUCUAUGACAGUUGCUGAAAUCAUAUCCAGAAACGAGAAUUUUAUUUUCACAAUAAACACAGAUUUACCAGAAAUUGCU